AUGGCUGCCGUCACCAUGCCCCCUCCACCCUCCCUCCCCGACCUCGAUGCGCCUGGUGCCGCUACGCUGGAGAGACAUGAAGCCAUGUCUCAAUCCCUUCCUGCGCCUCAAGUCCACACUCCUCCCACUACUGACGAGGGGAGUCACAAAGACGAUGACGCAGCCUCGAGUUCCUCCCUCUCCGAUCUCGGCGACGAUAUUGAAGAUGAGGAGAACAGGAUGAGAUUUGAAGAGGCCGCACGCGCAGGCGCCGAAGCCGAACAAUAUUCCGAGGUCAAGCCAGAUCGCUACGAGAAUGGCGUGCCUAUCUUCACCCCAACAAUGGAACAAUUCAGGGACUUUCAGAAAUACGUCAAGGGCGUAGACCCCUACGGCAUGCAGUCAGGUAUUGUCUUGAUUGAUCCUCCCGAGGAAUGGAAACGCGCCCGUAAGGCUCUGGACGAAAUGGUCAAGACCAUCAAGAUUAAAAACCCCAUUACCCAAGAAUUCCACGGCGCCCAGGGCAUCUACACCCAACGGAACAUGGAGAAGAUGCGCUCCUACAAUCUACCGCAGUGGAAGGCGCUGUGCGAGCAGACCGAGAACCAACCACCGGCCAAGCGGGGAGAGAAACGUCUGAAUGCCGACAAGUUGCUUGGCCGAGGAAGCGCCCGGAACAAAAAGAAGGAGGCUUCGGCCACUCCUGAGGCUUCGCAAAGAAGAGGAAGUCGAGUAUCGACGGUCUCGGUCAAGGAAGAACCGGCCGACCAGGACUCAACUCUCCUUGCGCCCCCGACGCCGACCAGCCCAGAAGUAAAGCCAGCCGCUCUUGAUAACGAAGACAAGGCUAAUGAGGCCACUCCGCAUGCCGCUGCCACCCCCACACCAGCUAAGGGACCCAGAGGACGUCCACCUGGAUCUGGCAAAUCAAGAGGCCGACCGCCCAAAAAUCCUGCUGCGAAGAAAGAAGCUUCCGGAAAUGCCAAAGGCUCCGAGACGACCGUUGCGGCUCGACGACUACGAAAUGCCCAGGCAGCCAACGACGAGUUUGAUGAGGAGGCUUUCCAAGACUUUGACUAUCGGGUCUACGAUAACGACCAAUGGACAGCCGAGCGCUGCGAUGAGCUUGAAGACAAGUAUUGGAAAAGCUUGAACUUCAGCAACCCCAUGUACGCAGCCGACAUGCCAGGCUCGCUGUUCGACAAGGACACCAAGGAGUGGAAUGUGGCCAAGUUGCCCAACCUACUUGAUCUACUUGGAGCCCCUAUUCCUGGUGUCAACACAGCAUAUCUUUACCUUGGGAUGUGGCGCGCUACCUUUGCCUGGCACUUGGAGGACGUGGAUCUCUACAGCAUCAACUACAUUCACUUUGGCGCCCCAAAGCAGUGGUACAGCAUCUCUCAGAAGGACGCUCCGAAAUUCGAGGCGGCCAUGAAAUCCAUCUGGUCAUCGGAUGCCAAAGCUUGUGACCAGUUCUUACGGCACAAGACCUACCUUGUCUCGCCAUCAAUACUGAAGUCCAAGUUCGGGGUCACCGUGAAUAAAGUCGUCCACCGAGAGGGCCAGUUUGUCAUCACCUUCCCGAUCGGCUAUCACUCUGGGUACAAUCUGGGCUACAACUGUGCCGAGUCGGUCAAUUUUGCCAUCGAGAAUUGGUUGCAGUAUGGCAAGACCGCCCGCAAAUGCCAGUGCGAGGCCGACAGUGUCUUUAUCGACGUCGAUUGGUUUGUACGCAAGAUGAACGGCGAACCCUCACCCGAGUUUGAGGAAGUCGAGGUCACCGAUGAUGAAGAGGACGACGAGCCGACGGACUUGCCAACACCUCCGAGUGACAAAAUCAAGAUCAAGAUAGGCAUGAAGAGGAAACGGGGACAGAAAGAACUCGGACCGAACAAGAAGUUGAAGAAGAUUAAGAUCCGGAAGAUCAGCAAGAACCAGCCCUGUUGUCUCUGUCCGAACGACUUCUCCUGGGAAGAGCUUCUGCCGACGUCGCACGGUCAGCGGGCACACAGGACUUGUGCCAUGUAUACACCGGAGACCUACAUUGCCACCAAGGACGGGAAAGAGAUGGUGUACAACGUCGAAAACAUCAGCAAAGACCGUCUGGAGCUCAAAUGCCACGAGUGUCGCCAAAAGAAAGGCUCAUGCUUCCAAUGUUCUUCUGCCAAAUGCACCAAAGCUUACCACGCAACCUGUGCUAUGCAAGCGGGCGUUCAAGUCGACAAAGGGCCCAUCGCUGUGUGGCACGAAGGUGUCGAGUACCGCGAUAUUGGCUUCGACUGGAGAUGCCGUCUUCACCGUACGGUCAAACGAACGAGGAUCACCAGUGAAAUGUCUGCUUGCAACCACGCCAACAGCUGUUGGAAGAAUGCCGAGUUCCGACACUUCCUGUUCAAUCUCAAGGAAGGCGAGCUUAUUCAAUUCCAGGCGACCAAUUCUGACGAUAUUGAGGCCGGUCUGGUUAUUGCCAGCUACGAUCCAGGACAGGAUUCGGUCUUGGUGAAGGUCUUACCAGAUCUCAAACAAGUCAAGGAAGUGGAGCCCACAGCAAUAUUGUUUGUUGAUAGUGCCACAUCCUGUCUUCAGAGGCCAUCCGCCAAUGCCCUGGACCUGCCCGAGGAUCUUCAAGGCAAAACCGCUUCACUGCCCGAUUCGACGGAGAAGAAGCCCAGUCCGGGCGAUCUAUUCACUGAGACGCCAAGAACCGAGUGGGAAGAAUUUGUUUCUGCUGCACCACCUGCCAACAACGCUCAGAAACCCGUCAAUCUGGCGAAGGAGAAGCAACUGUGGCUCUACCUUGGAGACAAAUCAACCGAUACAAGGGCAUCCUACACGGCCGAUCCGGACAAGCCUGUUCAUGACCCUGCAUCGAACUUCCUCGACCUCGUCACGCCGCCGAAGCCGAUCAUGGCACCGCCACCUCAACCCAAGCGCCACUCUCUGUCCGCAUCUUAUCCGUUAGCGAAUGUGGCUGCAAAGAACGCUGCGUCAGCAACCGCGCGACAGUCCGUUCAGAAGCAAGGCCAGCAGAUUCCAAAGUAUCCCACUCUGCCGGGAACAUUUAGCGGGACCACCCACAAUCUUACAGGUAAUUCCCAGGCUAAGCCAAUUCAGAUGAAGCCCGCACAGUACAAGGACAUCACCACUGCUCAGGAAGCUCGUAUCAAUGAACAAGCUCGCAUCUUGCAACGACAGCAGGCCAAGGCUCAACAACUUGCCUCUGCCGAGCAUAGGCCUAAUUCGAUGGGUCAAACAGGCAUCGGCGUCGACCAGGACUCCGUUCAGCGGCAAAGACAAUUCCAGCAAAACGCAUCUCAACAUGCCAAGCACAUGAAGGAAUGGUCAAAUGAUCCGUCACUAACACCACUCAACCAGUAUGAGCCUUUUCCGAGCUUUGAUGCCCUGGACAACGGUGGACGAUACGGACCUUCGAUGAUGAACUCCAACAUGCGAACACAGCAGUACCAGUAUAGCAACGAUUGGAUGAAUCCUGCCGCGGCGAGCCGGAGUCCGAGCGUUGGCUAUCCUCCCAACACUGGACUCGACUCGGUGCUUCCUCAAUACGGGCAACCUCAGUCGCCGGCAGCUUCUCCGUUCCCUUCGUAUGUUCAGCAGUCCCACCUUCAAUUCCCGUAUCAAGGCAACGCAAAUGCAACACCACAAUCAUCCUCGGGCUCAAGCACACCAUACCAACAACCUCGACUUGAAUCCAUCCGCGCAGCCGCCAGUCAGCCGCCUCUUCCUCCUCCUUCUGCAGAGGUCGAACGUCAACGACGCAUAUCCAAUCCUGCAUAUCCAUUCAAGAGCCCGGAUCAAAUCAAGGCGCAAAAGGAAGCACAUCAAAAUUCGCCGCCAGGAAGCAGACCUGGCAGUUCGUAUAUGCUGUCCAGCCCCGCUAUGCCGCAGCAGCCGUCGUUCAGCGUGCAUCCGGGUUCAUCUUCCGCGAGUCCAGCUAUACAGCCUCUUGAUCCGCAGAAUCCGCCGCAGUUUAUCAAUCCAAAUGCCACACAAAUCAGUCCUCCCGGUUCUAGCGCUGGCCGUCGCUCUACGAGGAACAGCUUUUCCACAGUGCUGGGACUAGGCCCUAGCACGAGUGCAUCCAAUCAUAUGGGUCUCAGAAGGACACAUUCUAUGGAUAUGAUGGACCUGGAUAUGAUCCAUGAUAUGGCUCCCUUCCCAGCCGCCAACUUGAACUCGAUGCAAAUACAAAUGAGCAACUAUGUCGCCAAGCGCUCCAUCUUCGACCCUUUGAACCCGCUAAACACCCCCGGGUCGAUUGGGCAACCGACCAAGUCCGGGCAAAUCAUCCCUCAACUGAUCCCCCAAGCACACCUCGCUCCCAGCCUUCCUCCUAUGGCUACUCCCUCUCCUUUGCUUCUCCAAUCCCUCGAAAAGCGGCCGCUUGCCCCUUCAGGCCUACUGGACAACGACAAACCCAUCCCCUCACAACUCGCCGAGUGGCAAGCCCGCGGCGGGUUCUGGGGAAAAGUCGCAGCAUACUAUAUCCAGAAGCACCAGGGGAUGGCGAGUGUGUAUACCAGUCCAUUCCGGAAGAUGGACGAGAAGCAGAAUGCUUGGGACGGGAAGGAGAAGGGGUUGGCAGAGCGUUAUUUUGAGGGACUUGAUUGGGAGCUGCGGGCCAAGGUUGAUGAGAUUAGACGGCUGAUGGGACGGAGACCGUGA